ACUAUUGUUCAUGGAUGUGGCCCAAUUGAAAUGCAUCAUUUAUUUGCAAACAUCUUAUAAAGGUCAAAAUGUCCUAUAUAGGUACAAAAAUACAUUGAAGGUUGAAUUCUACUGCCAGUAAUUUAUUUGAAGGGUUGGUGGUUGUGCAUAUGCACUGCUAUGUAUCACUGUAUCAGCAACUGACUCGUAGUUUGUCUGCAACUUUAGAGCUUAAGGCAAACUAAAUGUCUAAAGAACAGAUUUCUUUCUUAAUUAUUCCAUCAAGAAAACAAGCACUUCGUCAAUAACUUGACUUAUAUCUUGUCGAAUAUUACAAGAACACAUUAUUGUCUGGCCUAAAUCAGAAUAGUUUGUAAGGCACGUAGAGCGGAAAAUUUGUCUGUUCAGCUAUCUUGAGGAAGAAUGGCUUCUGAGGUGAGAAAAAUUCUCUAUAUAAACCCAAACCCAUGUUCCAACAGGUGUGCUUCAUCUGCCUCAACAUUUCUUUAUACUUGUAUAUACAUAUACAAUGGCCUUCACAGACAAAAUGGUCUCUCUGUCUCUGCUCUUCAUUUUGGGAGUCUGCUGCAUUUCUUCUGUCUUGUCUCGCACCGCUCCGGAGCUAUCCAUCACUGCAACAUUUGAGCAGUGGAUGGCUCUCCAUGGUCGUGUAUAUAAAGAUUCAUAUGAGAAAGAUGGGCGUUUGCAGAUAUUCAAGAAAAAUGUGGAACAUAUAGAAUCUCACAAUGCUGCACCAAACAGAAAGUAUGAGCUGGGUCUUAAUGCAUUCUCAGAUCUAACUAGUGAAGAGUUAAAGGCCGUGAGAAAUGGCUAUAAAUUGAAGGGGACUUCCACAAGCUCUACAUCUUUCAAGUAUGAGAAUGUGUCUGCAGUUCCUUCUAGCAUCGAUUGGAGAAAGAAAGGUGCCGUUACUCCAAUCAAGGACCAAGGCCAAUGUGGAUGUUGUUGGGCAUUCUCAGCUGUGGCAGCAAUGGAGGGGAUAACUCAGAUUACAACUGGAAAACUAGUCUCACUAUCAGAACAAGAGCUAGUAGACUGUGACACUGCAGGGCAAGAUCAAGGUUGUGAAGGUGGUUUAAUGGACAAUGCAUUCAAAUUCAUCCAACAAAACAAAGGCCUCACCACCGAAUCUAGUUACCCCUACAAGGGAGUUGAUGGAACCUGCAACAAGAACAAGGAAUCAUCUGAUGCAGCCACCAUAACCGGACACGAAGAUGUGCCUACAAACAGUGAGGCAGGACUACUAAAAGCUGCAGCCAACCAACCAGUGUCUGUUGCCAUUGAUGCUAGUGGGAUGGACUUUCAGAGCUACAAAAGUGGUAUCUUUACUGGACAAUGUGGAACCGGAUUAGACCAUGGUGUUACGGUGGUUGGUUAUGGGACUAGCGAUGAUGGAACUAAGUAUUGGUUGGUAAAAAACUCAUGGGGUACCAGUUGGGGUGAGGAUGGAUACAUAAGGAUGCAGAGAGAUGUUGAUGCUGAUGAAGGGUUGUGUGGUAUUGCCAUGGAAGCCUCGUACCCCACUGCUUGAAUCCACAGCUCAAUUACCUGUGUAAUUAUAUUUCAAAGACGAUGGUUUCUCCAUCCCUAUGUACAUUUCAAUGAGCUUAUAAAUGUUAAUUACUCUGCUCAGUCACCUUUGUGGCUUUGUGUAUGAUACGAACAAAGUACAAGAAAAUUAUAUAAAA